AUGUCGCCCAACUUUGUCGCUCCCCCCAACGGCGUCGCCACUGGCUACGCCAUCACCGACCCCAAGGACUACCUCAACUUCCAGAAGACCGAGUACAAGCUCGAGCCCCUCGAGGACGACCGCGUGACUGUCGCUGUUGAGUGCUGUGGUGUCUGCGGCUCGGACCACCACACCAUCACCGGUGGCUGGGGUUCGUGGGAGACCAAGUUUGUCGUCACUGGCCACGAGGUCGUCGGCCGCGUGGUCGAGCUUGGCAAGAACGUCACCCAGUUCCAGAUCGGCCAGCGUGUCGGUGUCGGUGCCCAGGUCGGCUCGUGCGGUACUUGCAAGUGGUGCAAGAACGACAACGAGAACUACUGCCCCGAGCCCGUCCACGGCUACAACACCCUCUGGCCCGACAAGUCGGAGCACCAGGGCGGUUACUCGACCCACAUCCGUGCCCAGGAGCUCUUCGUCUUCCCCCUCCCUGAGGAGAUCCCCUCGGUCGAGGCUGCCUCGAUGCUCUGCGGUGGCUUGACGACCUACUCGCCCCUUGUCCGCAACAACAUUGGCCCCGGCUCCAAGGUCGGUGUUGUCGGCCUCGGUGGUCUCGGCCACUAUGCCGUCCUCUUCGGUGUCGCCCUCGGCGCCGAGGUCACCGUCUUCUCGCGUUCCGACGCCAAGAAGGCCGACGCCCUCAAGAUGGGUGCCACCCGCUUCGUCGCCACCACCCCCGGCUUUGAGAAGGACCUCUUCCGCGAGUUUGACCUCAUCAUCUGCGCCGCGUCCGGCACCAACCUCCCCAUCGACGAGUACCUCACCACCCUCGACGUCGGCAAGAAGUUUGUCUUUGUCGGUCUCCCCGACGAGGGCCUCAAGGAGGUCAAGUCCCAGGCCCUCAUCUGGGGUGUUGGCCUCUCGGGCUCGCACAUUGGCUGCCGCACCGAGGCCCUCUCGAUGCUCAAGCUCGCCGCCGAGAAGAAGAUUAAGCCUUGGAUCAACGUUAUCCCCAUGGCCCAGGCUGCCGACGCCAUCAAGUCCAUCGAGGACGGCAGCGUCCGCUACCGCACCAUCUUGACGACCGACCUGCUUUAA